AUGCCAAAGCGUGUAGACGAAGACACUCGGAAGAAGAUUAUUCGUCUUUUCUUUGAUGGAAAUAGUUUGCGAAUGGUCGCCAAGGAAGUUGGACUAGCGAGGGCAACGGUCCAAGGGAUUGUGAGGCAUUUCCGUCGCACCGGUUGGAUACGUUCCGACAAAAGUAGCGGCUGUCGUCGACUGAAAUCUACACAGGAAAUCGUUGAGUUUAUGGAAUUUCGUCUCUUACAGAAACCAUCCCUAACGGCAAAGGAAAUACGCAUGUCUCUCUUGAGGGAAAAUAUUUGCGUACAGGAAAAUUUGCCUUCGGUGCUUGAAUUUGAAACAAUGAAAAAAUUUUGCAAAAGCUUCCGAAAUGAGAACCGUAUACCAGAGGCGAGAUUAUGUGAGAUGAAGGAAGCAUAUGAACUCAUAAAGGCACUUCAGAAAAGAGAUGUUAUAAAUGAAGAUAAUACAAGAUUUCUACAGGCUCUUCUUAAAAAAGUUGGACGUCAUGACUUGGCAAAAAGACUGACGAAAUGUGGUAUGUAA